AUGGCAGACCAUGGCAGACAACAUUGGCUGUCACUGAAGUGGACUCUUCGAUAUUUGAGAGGAGCUGGUGACUAUGGGAUAUUGUUCAGAGGUGGUGAAGAGUAUGUUGGUGAUCCCCUAGUGGGGUAUUGUGAUAGUGACUAUGCAGGGAAUAUAGACAAUAGAAGAUCUCAGUCAGGUUAUGUCUUCACUUUAUAUGGUGGAGCUGUGUGUUGGAAGUCCAGUUUGCAGAGUGUGGUGGCUCAAUCCACAACUGAAGCUGAAUACAUGGCGAUGACAGUUGCAGUCAGAGAGAAUUUUUGGUUAAGAGGUAUUGCUUCUGAUUUUGGAGUAGAACAGAAAUCCAUUGCCAUAGGUACUGUUAUUCCUAAUCAUCGGUUCCAAUUAUGUAACACUUCCUUGUUUGUUCUUGUGGAGCUCGGACAUGAUAACUGCGUUUUAGGAAACCAUACAUUACAAGAUGGAAUCUCUCAUGCCGUUAAAACUAAUAACUGCAGUUGA